AUGGCUGCGCUGCUAAAAUUUGGUAAUGCUCUCUUGGUAUUAGAUGCAUCAGCCAGUGGCAUCGAGAGACGGUGUGAGAAAAAAUGUCCCUGUCAAAUAUGCCCCGGAAAACCAGAGCAACCACUUCUACUGCCGCCGCUCGUCCUGGUGACUUUCCAGACGACCCCCCGCCUUCCAACUCGCUUUUACGACUUGUCCUCAGACGAUGAGGAAGGCGAGGUCUCCAGUGACGGUAACGGCAACAGCGACAACGGCGAUGAUUCUGAUCUAGAUUACGUGUCCCAAGAGGACACUACUAUAGAUCCAGAUGAGCCGUUGUCGGCCUAUUUGGAGCGACGGCGGGAGAAGACGGCUCCCGGACAACCUGGGUUCCGGUGGAGGAAGAAGGAGAAUGUCCCCAGGCAGUUUGGUUUUGACGUCCAUCCUGGUGUCAACAUCCCCGAGCUGGACGCCGAUUCCAGCCCGCUGGAGAUAUUCUCCUACUUCUUCACCGAUGAGCUCAUGGAUGUGUUCUACCGUCAAAGACCAGCCCCCAGUUCUGUCUCAGAGCUUUCAGUCUACAUUGGCCUUAGGAUGGCCAUGGGACUGACCAUCAAGCCUGAGCAGAGGGGUUACUGGUCGACCAACCUCUACGACUCCACGCCCCUGUUCCCGGAGACUAUGCCGAGGGAUCGUUUCGAUCAACUGAGCCGAUUCCUCCCCGUGGCGGACAACGAGGGGAGUCAUCCCCCCGAUGACCGCCUGUGGAAGUUGAGGCCAGUGAUCGAAAUCUUCCAGCGCAAGCGCGCGCACUUCGGGGUGAAGGUUUAUAAGCUCGCGGUCAGUGAAGGCCCGAACCACGGCUACAUAUGCGCCUUCGAAAUUUACAUGGGCAAGGACAAAGGCGAAGUACCUGCAUCCCAGAGGGCUGUCGUCAACUUGAUGGGCGCCGCUGGCUUAUUUGAUAAGGGACUUGGGGGCACGAAUGCGGUUGGCACGGUUCGUGUCAACCGAAAAUUCAUGCCCAAAGAUCUGCAGGUAAGAGCCAGCGGAGAUGUGGACAGUCAGAGCACGUCAACAGACAUGUGCCUUCAAUGGCGCGACAAGUGUGUUGUAACGAUGCUCUCGACUGUUCAUAGAAGCGAGAUGGUCGCCACCCUGUCCCAGAGUGGCCCCCGCCACACUCUACAGCACUUUCAGUAA